AUGACUGCAUUCGAGCUCUUCCAAGAGGAGCAUAAAGUUCAACUAAAGUUGGCGCAAGAUUGGAUCGAGAAAACCUCUCAGUCAUGCUCAGCAGUAGCCGUUCUUUUGGCCACCGUUGUCUUUGCUGCCGCUUACACUAUACCUGGAGGUUCUAACGAUCUUGGCUUUCCCAUUUUCCUUCACAACCGUUUCUUCUUAGCUUUCACUGUCUUGGAUGUUACCGCCUUAGCGAGCUCCUUGACCUCAGUUGUGAUGUUCCUUUCUAUCCUCACCACUCCUUUUGAAUGCGAGAAAUUCUAUCACAGUAUUCCUCGGAAACUGAUAUGGGGCUUUACUUUGCUCUUCUUCUCAGUGAUGACAACCAUGCUUGCUUUUUCUUGCACUCUUCUUUUAGUCAUUCGCUUGAAGAAGCGAUGGACCACAGGUCUGAUGUCCAUGGCUGCUUUCCUUCCCGUGUCAGUAUUUGCAGUAAUGCAGUUCCCUUUAUAUAUUGCCUUUAUGACUACUAUGAAGGACUGCUACAAGGAAGUCAUGAAGUCUCUACCUUGGAUCCACCUCCCUUUCCGCUCCCAUUUCAGGCAAGGGAAGGCCAGAAGAAGAUGAUUGGCAUUUUGAAAAAGUACCUGUUUGCUUCAAUAUGUGUCUGGAGACCUACCAUCGUCUUCAGUUAAGUAUUUACUUGUGUUUUCCUUGUAACAAACCCUUCUUUGUGUGAGUCAGUGCCUCUGUCAUUUUCUCUUAU